AUCUGUGGUGGUAGUGUAUGCGCCAAUCACGGGCAUCGUUCGCCGCAGACGCUCGGACCAUUUAUCCCAGUAGAAGCAUCAUGCACUUCUCACGAUUCUCCGCAUCUUGCCUGCCGCCGCCUCACCACACCAAACCCGCACAACCCGCCAACCAUGGCUGCGAUACCCACCUCCCUCUUCCGCUGGGUCGUUCCUGCCGCCAUCGGCGCCAGUGUCGUGCAGAGCUCCCUCUACGACGUCAAGGGCGGAACCCGCGCCGUCAUCUUCGAUCGUCUGUCGGGAGUCAAGGAACAAGUCGUCAACGAGGGCACACAUUUUCUGGUACCAUGGCUGCAGCGGGCAAUUGUCUUCGAUGUCAGGACGAGGCCGCGGAACAUCAGCACUACGACCGGCAGCAAGGACUUGCAGAUGGUCACACUCACACUGAGGGUGCUGCAUCGCCCAGAGGUCAAGCAGCUGCCUAAGAUCUACCAGAACCUCGGUCUCGACUACGAUGAGCGUGUCCUCCCCUCCAUCGGUAACGAAGUCCUAAAAGCCAUCGUCGCCCAGUUCGAUGCCGCAGAGCUCAUCACCCAGCGAGAGGCCGUCUCGAACCGCAUUCGCACCGACCUGCUCAAGCGCGCCAACGAGUUCAACAUUGCCCUCGAAGAUGUCUCCAUCACCCACAUGACUUUCGGCAAAGAGUUCACCAAGGCCGUCGAAGAGAAGCAGAUCGCACAACAAGAGGCCGAGCGCGCGCGCUUCAUUGUCGAGAAGGCGGAGCAGGAGAGGCAGGCCAACGUCAUCAGGGCAGAGGGUGAAGCCGAGGCUGCCGACACAAUUUCAAAGGCAGUAGCCAAGAGUGGUGAUGGCUUGGUGCUUAUCAGGCGCAUUGAGACACAGAAGGAUAUUGCGCAGAUGUUGGCCAGGAACCCCAACAUCAGCUAUCUACCUGGCGGUAACUCUGGCGGCAAUGGUGGUGGUUCGAGUGGUGGUAGCUUUUUGUUGGGCCUGAGGUCAUGAGUGUUUGAGGAUGCGCAAGGUUGAGGGAGAGGAAAGGAAGAUAACAAAGAGCUGGACGAAAGGCGAAAAUGCAUAGCCAGCGGGGUUGCUGUACAAUAUAUUGACAUGAGUAUGAUAACACU